CAUGGAUUCUCCCCUUGUCCAUCGAAAUUCUCCUGUCAACUCCCUCUCAGAAUGAAGUGUGUCCCUUCGCCGCAAGCCCUGCGUCUUUUGCACCGCGCGGUGCGAGGUCAAGGCCCCGUCGUUCGCCCUCGAUCCUCCACUCCCUUCCUGUCCUUGACUCGUCAGUUCCACGCGACUCCUCGGUGGGAUAAGACCGAAACACAUGUCCUAUCAGACAUUGGCGAAGGUGUCAAAGAAGUCCAGAUCAUCCAAUGGUUUGUGGAAGAAGGCGCUCCUAUUGAGGAGUGGAGCCCUCUGUGCGAAGUCCAAAGUGACAAAGCCUCAGUCGAGAUCACCUCCAAAUAUACCGGCGUCAUUAAGAAACUGCACUUUGCUCAAGACGCCGUCGUACAAGUUGGAGAUGCAAUGCUUGAUAUUGAGGUUGAGGGAGAAGAUGAACCGCAGCCUGGACACGAGGCUGAAUCCGACUCACAAGAUGUGGAACAAAAGGCAGAGGGAGGGCAACCUCCGGCUAAAGAGGAGGUAUCGCCAGCAGCCCCCGAGCCCAAGACGCCCAGUAAACAUGCCUCAUUGGCAACUCCGGCCGUCAGAGGUCUUCUGAAAGAACACGGCUUGGUGAUCGAGGACAUCACUGGCACGGGUAAAGACGGCCGAGUCCUCAAGGAAGAUGUCUAUCGGCACAUGGAGGGCGCGAAGACCUCCUCGUCUGGCACGACUACAUUGGCGAUGAAACCAACCAUUGAUGCCAAACAGACCGAGACCGCCCAGAAACUCACACCCAUCCAAUCUGCAAUGUUCAAGAGCAUGACAGGUUCGCUUUCCAUUCCUCAUUUCCUCUACUCGGACACUUUGGAUAUCACCAACCUCUCGUCCAUCCGGUCGAGGCUCAACGCAAUCCGGAACCCGGAAACCAGUCCUAAAUACUCCUACAUGCCCUUCAUCAUUAAAGCCGUCUCUCUUGCCCUCAAUCAAUACCCUAUUCUCAACGCCCGACUCGACCUGACCUCUGACCCCAAGAAGCCGCAACUCCAAAUGCGAGCAGUCCACAACAUUGGUGUGGCCAUGGACACUCCCAAUGGCCUUGUGGUCCCGGUGAUCAAAGCCGUGAACGCAAGAUCCAUUAGUUCCAUCGCACAAGAACUUUCGCGUCUCGCCCAACUCGGUGCAGCUGGAAAACUUGGCAAUGCCGAUCUUACAGGCGGCACUAUCACCGUCAGUAACAUUGGAAACAUCGGUGGCGGAGUCCUUGCUCCAGUCAUUGUCGAGGGCCAGAUGGCCAUCAUGGGUGUUGGUCGGAUCAAGAAGGUACCGGUAUUCGCCCAAGAUGGUGUGACGGUCAAAGCCGCAGAGCAAGCUGAAGUGAGCUGGAGCGCUGACCAUCGAGUUGUUGAUGGUGCCACAAUGGCGAGAAUGGCUACCAUGGUCCAGCGGUAUCUGGAGGAGCCAGGGACCAUGAUUGCUGACUUGAGUUGAUUUAUCAACCACCUAGCCACGUUGCAUCAGCACUCAGAUUGUGCAUGUUGGAAAAGGAGGGAAAUGGCGUUUUACGAAUGCACGGGGGCGUAGCAAAUCCGUCCUGUUGGCCAAAAGUGGUUCUACCAUGUUCUCGAAGAACGUCAAGGUAUACGGCAAUUCUUGGGCAUGUCAGUACAUGCCCGGAAUGUCACGAUUGAACGUAAUUAUGCCAACAUAGCUUCAAUCUUCGGACUAAUUGUCGGAGAAGAAGGCCCAUGUAGCCAGUUAUUUGACAACGACAUUAACUGUUGGGCGCAGAGUCGGCGUCCAAAUAGAAAUGCAGAAGCAAGAUUGACGUAUGGAAGAUAUUAGAUCGAGGCCACGAACUGGC